AAGGCCUUUUUUUAAAUAUACCCAUCAGCCUGGUCCUGGUUUUGGUUCAUCCUUCAUGGAUGGAACACCAGGCCAUCGGCAGUGAGGACAUGAGAGGAAACCAGAGAACCAGGUGGAAACCCACACAGACAUUUUGAUGGCAAGUGAAGCAGCCACUCACUGAUAGUAAGACUCAGGAUCCUGAUGCACAAAAAAGAAAAAAAAAGAAAAAGAAAAUAAUGCAAAUUCUCUUACUGAUGCUGGUGGAUCUGAACUCAUGGGCAUGAAGGUUUUGUGAUUGACUGCAGUUUAGAUUCGGGUUGCACCUGAUGAUUCCAGGUGUACAGCAUCUCCACACCGUCACACGAGCGCGGGUUCAAUUAAGGUGCUGUGUGUGUGUGUGUGUGUGUGUGUGUGUGUUUGUGUGUGUGUUCCUGACGAGAAAAUAAAAAUAGACUGUCUGACAUAGUGGGGUGUCUAGACAUGUCCUCCGAGUGUGUAUAUAAGAACGAGUGUGUGCGUGUGUGAGUGUGUGUGUGUGAUCAGAGAAUAAAAUAGUCCGUUUGAUAUCUCGGGGUGUCCAGACACGUUCUGCUUGUGUGUGUCUGUGUGUGCGUGCGUCUGAGAGAUCGCGCGCGUGCGCGUCAUCAAGGGCUGGUGAGUGUGUGUGUGUGUGUGUGUGUGUGUGUGUGUGUGUCGCGCGCGAGCGCGCGUGCUUUCUCUCCCCCGACGCCUCGCGUUGUCGGACGAGGCUGAUCGCGGUAGUGAAACCUGUCAGUCCGCCGCGACGAGACUCUUUCAGUCGGUCAGUGGAGACGGGACGGGACGGGACGGAGACUGGGGAGGAUGGAGGAGACGAGGACGGGCUCGUCCUCAAGGUAACUGAGGUGGGGCAAGCGGCACGCAACCCCUCCCCCCUCCCCCACCCCUCCCCUGCCUCCUAUUGGUCUUCAAUACCAUGAACUCUGGCUCUGCCCAAGAUGUGGCGGUGGAGCAUUUCCUGCGUGACAUAGAAAGGCGGGGCCAGCGGUUGCAUUGCGCUGUGAUUGGCUGCGAGGAGGCGCCUCUGCGUGGCGACAUGAACCUGCUGUACCGCAAGAGUCGACUGGACUGGAGACACCGAGAUCAGGAGGGCAAGAAGAGCUGUAAAGAUGCCUCCUCAGCGACGGUGGGCAAGGUACGCGACCUGGCAUCAUUCCGUCGCCAUUUCCGCAUGGGCUUCAUGACGAUGCCCGCAUCUCAGGACCUCUCGCCGCAUUCCUGCGCCGCCGCCAUGGCGCCGCGCUCUCAGUCAUGCCACGCUGUGGGCACUGGCGAGGGAGAGGGCCUUGAAAACGGCGACGACCCUGACUCGGACACUCAGAUGCCCUCUCAGGCUGGACGAUGCCCCCCGACCAAGCCCAAACGUCACCCGAGCACGCGCCUCAGCUCCACGCCGCAGCAGGAGCACUCAGCCCGUGGUGGACAUGCGCCACCUGAAGCCCCUCCACCUCCACCACCCCAACACUCAUCCAAACACCCUGAGAAGAAGAAUUCAAUGAAGAAGUCCGACUCUGGUGAAUUACUGGGCAGAAAGGUGCCUCCCCAGAAGCCCAAACGGAGCCCGAGCACCCAACUGUCUUUUGAUGCUCCACCCCCUCGGCUUCCACCACCAGCCACACCUCUGCCAUUCCAGAGAGCUGAGAGCACCGGAGAGGAUGAGCCUGUAUACAUUGAGAUGGUGGGUCAAGUGUUCACCAGAGAGACACCUGGUGUGCCAACUCCCUCUGCCACAACACCGGACUCUGACUCGGAUCCAGGCGAGGAGGCAAUCUACGAAGAGAUGAAGUACCCUGUGGCUGAUGAUGCCCACCAGCGACGACUCCCACCCAAGCAUGAGCGUGCCAAGUCAUCAAAAUCCUACGCAUCCUGCUCAGUCUCUGCUUCCUCCACAUCUUCUUCACUUCCCCGGCCCUCAUCCUCCUCACCCUCCUGUCCUUUGCCAUCCUCCAAACCUAAAUCUGCCAUAUCUAUCUCUCACUCCUCCCCAUUGCCUUCAUCUUCCUGCUCUGCCUCCUCCACACCAGUACCUCAGCCUCUUUCUUCCUCACCACACCCCCCUCGUGCCCCUACCCCCUUCCUCUUACCGGGCACCAAAUCAGAGUCAGAGAUUGGCUCUAGUAAGAUCCCAGCACCUUUUCCAAACUUGCUCCAACACAAGCCACCUCUGUUGGCUUUCCCACCUCCAAAGAGUGGCUCUGCCAAGCUGGGUUUUACCAGCAGCCCGUCACCAGCUAGCCUGCCACCUACCAUUGGCACUUCAGUUUCAAAGGAAACAAUGGGUGGAGACAAAGAAAAGGAGAAGAAGGAAGGGCCAGCUCCGGGUCUACGAGCCCGGAGCCACUCAACCCCUUUGCCUCCAUCCUCAAAAUCUUCCUCGCCAUACUCACAUCAUCAUCACCAUCACCAUCCACACCACCGGCCCUCACACUACCAUCACUAUCGCAAGCCUGAAAAAGAGUCGAGUAAGGCUUACCAGGGUACCUCACAGUCCUCUGCACAAACGCAGACGCAGUCCAAAGAGGGCAAGUCAGUCAGUUUUCUGCUGAAGUCGGACAAAGCCGAAAGAGAAAGAGAGCGAGAAAGGGACCGAGACAGAGACCGAGAAAGGGAUCGAGACAGAGACCGAGAAAGGGAUCGAGACAGAGACAGAGACACACCAGUUACACAGUCGUCCAGCCAGUUUGACAUGGCUGCUUCCACUGCUGCCACUGCGACCACUAGCCUUCCUUCAGCAUCAACGUCAUCGGGGACCACGUCCUCAGCAUCGCAGAGGCCCCCGUCACGCUCUGCUCAGCGUUCACACACUCCUCACACACACCUUCCUGCCUACAAGCCCCCACCUGCAGACAGCCCCCUGCUCUGGACAUACCCAUCUGCAGGAUUCCGUCGGCCACCGGCCUAUGAAAGCCUGCGGGCUGGCACACCCAUGCCCUCCCUGCAGCCAGAGGGUAAUACAAAGGCUGGGAGCACUCAGGCAACACAUGCCAAAGCUGGGUUCCUGCCCUGGGAUGCCAGUGGGAGUGGUCUAGGCUUCACUGAUGAUCAAGCCUACUGGCCCAUGCACAGGAAGCUCUCCUUCAGCCAUGGCAGCAGAGAGCCUGAGAAAGAAGAAGGUCGGGUGUGGAACGGCAGUACCGAUGCCCUGCUAAGAAGGGAUAGAGAGGAGGCUGGGGCUAGUAGCCGGUCUGGGGGAGUUUCUGGAAUCCCUGUACGGUCGACAGGAAGAUGUGGGCACAGUGAGAGUCUUGCGGGGGCAGAAGGGCCCCCAGGCUUCAGGGUAAUGCCCCGAACAGGACUGCCCCUGCCGUGCCAGACCUUUCCUGCCUGCCGCAAUGGAGAGCUUGGGCGGCUCGGAAGAUCAUCCUCUACAUCCGGAGUGAGGCAGGCAGGAGGGGACGGACAGAGGCAGAGUAGCCUGCCGGCUAGAGAAGCUCUCAAUCAGUUGCAAGCUCUCGCUCAGGUGCCCUGCAGUCCCUCUCUGUCUCGGGCUCAGGCUCAGACCUUGACUCAGGCUCAGGCUCAGUUCCACCUGCAGCAGCUCCAGCAGCACCACCUGCAGCUGCAGUUCCAGCACCUGGCCCAGCUUGCAGCGCAGGCUCAGGCCAUGCCAGGCACAAGCAGCACCACGGCCGGCACAGCAGGCACGGGCACAUCUGGUCAGGCCGCCCAGCGCGACGGCAAGCUACUUGAGGUGAUUGAGAGGAAGCGGUGCCUGUGCAAGGAAAUCAAAGCCCACCGGCGACCUGAUAAGAGCCUGUGCAAGCAGGACAGCAUGCCCAUUUUGCCAAGCUGGAGGAAAACCCCAGAGCCGCGUAAAACCGGCACACCGCCCUGCCAGAGACCACAGGCCGUGGUGUGGGACACGGCUAUCUGACAAAGACUGUGAUACACUGAUUUGCCACUUUAUUAGGUACUCCUUACUUGUCUACACUCACCUGACUCACUGCCACGUAAACCCAUCAUGUAGGAGAUGCAGUAACACGGUUUUGUGUCUGUUUGGCAUUCCAAAUCAGUUUUUUUUACUAAAUAAUCCUUAUUUAAACAAAAUUUAGUUGGCAAAUGUUCCCAUUAUCCGUAUUUUGUUUACAUCUCAAUUUCGUAGCUAUACAGUUACCGACCCGUGGUCCAUCUGCUGCUAUGCACCAAACUCCAACAACACUGCUGUGCCUAAUACACUUGUACAACACUUACACACACACACCGCUGGUGUCUGGAGAAGAUUGACUCAAAUCUUCUUUGUGAUCUUCUCAUUGGUCCGUCUCAUUUUUUUUAUUAACGGACAGGUGAGACGGAGGCUGAUCUUGACACACUGAGCCAGAGCUACGCUACGGUCGGUAACUGCGUUGCUACAAAACGCCCUUAUAUGGCAUGUGGACACGAUGAGCGUGAAGACAACCCGGAAGUACCGAAUGAACCCGGCAAAUCAGUGUACGUGUUAUAUCUGCAAGGACGAAAAGAAGAAAAGGGGAAACUAUAAAGACGGACGGACAGACAAGGGAUCUGUGAAUGUGGGGAGGGGAUGGGUGGACGGGUGUAAUAUACAGAUGUAAAGUUCGUAUUGUAUAUCUCUGGGGUUUUUUCCGGUAUGUUUUGCUUUGU